GAGUUGAGGAGCUUAGUGUGAGUGAGCGCUCAGUGCAUAUGUGUGUGUGAUAGAGGGUGUGUGUGAGUGUGUGUGUGUCAGGAUGUGAGAGAGCUCACUGUGGGCGCUGAACUCAGAACUCAGAACGUGUGGAAGUGUGGAAAUGGCUCACCUGCAGUUUCCCAGAGGAGAGUAGGACUGGGACUGGACAGAGCAGAACUUCCACAGAGAUACGGAACGCAGGGGGCGUGAUGUCCAGCAGUCGUGAGUCUGUGGGGGAUUUGAUCCCCCAGGAUCUGCUGGAGGUGUUCUCCAAGGAGCACCAGGGCAGGAAGGGUAAAAGGAACCGGAGGCGGGGCUCCAUCAGCCGAGCCUUUAGCUGGUUAAAAGGCCGCCGCAAGAAAACCCUUCGAGCCAACAAGGAGAUGCACAUAGACCUGCUUGCACCUGGAACACCUGUGCCCAUCCCACUGCUUACACAUAACACAGCAACAGAAAGCGAUGGCCCUGCACGUCCUCAACACGUCCAAAUGAACGUGUUUUCUGAGGACUCACGACCAAAGCACAUCGAGGAUCUGCACACUGAGGCUCAGCAAGGCUUAAAGCAGCUGCAGCAUGAUGAAAACAAAAAUGGCGUGGACUAUCAAGAUGACCAGAGUGUUGCUUCCAGUAUGACGGUUCGCACUGAUGAUGACGUGAGCUUCAGUGAGCUGGGGGUGUCUGAGUCUGAGAGCACCGCUGCUGAUACCAUCUCAACGCGUUCCACCAUCUCCUAUCAGUCGUCACGCUCUGGUAUCACACGCCAAGCCUCAACCUUCAGGCCACUGACCCAGGAUAGGAAGGAAGGCAAGAGCAAGUCUAAGGCAAGGCACAGAAGUACAGUCCCAGGAAUACCACGACAUGUGCAGAGAGAAUUGGGGCUUGACCGAGCUGCAUGGACCGCAUCCCAGUUCACUGAUGCUCAACUGACUAAUGGAGGUGUAAUCAUAUCAACAGUCAUUCCCACUCUGGAUAGCAUAUCCAUGUCCUCAGAACAAGGAGCCCAAAUGUGGCUUCGUAACACAGAGAACUUGCAGGCUGUCAAGAAGGAUGGACCACAGCUCCCCCCAGUGGCUGGACAUAAGGAUGAUCUUUCCCUAAUCAAGCAUCUUCUUCCCCGGUCUGUUGAUCCACAGAGACCCAAUUCACUAGCCGUUCCCUGGAUGACCACGUCAGGGAGCCAACCACCAAGCCCUGUGAUGUACGUCUCCCCACAGGCUACAUACCUUUCCAAGAUCAUUCCUGAUGCAAUACUGCCUCCCUCAGUGGACGUGGUGGAGCUCAGUCGCAACAGAAGUCGCAGCAGUGUUCGCAUGGUGAGCAAAAGCAGCCUGGCAUCAGCCAGUCCAGCCUCCACAAGGGCAUCUUCCCGGGCAUCCUCUCGAAUGUCCUCCCGAGCACCUUCUCGGUUGUCUUCCCGCGCUGCCUCCAGAGCUUCCUCCCGCUACACAGGACCUCUCUCUGACUGCUCUGGCUGGAGCCGUUCGGGAUCGUCUGAGACGCUGGUCUCAGACUCUUCCACCAUUUCCAGCAGUAGCACUCCUCAUGUGGCCAGCAGGUCGAGCCAGGAAGAGGAUACAGACGAAUGUCCCAAAGAAAGCAUCAAGCAUCAAAAUGCCCAGAAUGCAAAAAUCCUGUCUAAACCUGCUAAAGUAAAUGGUGAAUCUACCACGUCUUUCAACCGCAACCUAUCGGUAACGAAAAAGAGCAAGAAGCCGCCACCUCCCCCGAGUCGUUCAUACUCACUGCACAAGCACCUCCGUGCUAACCCUUACAGUGGUACCCCAACUGUUCCAUCUAAUAGUUCUGUCCACCCAGAUAGAACAGAUGGUCAUAGAGAGAUGCUAGCAGAACUAGAGAGGAGGAAGAACCUUCAAAUAUCUGCAGCCAAGACAUUGCAUUUACACACCAAUGGUGGGAGUCACAUUCCUAAGGAUUCUCCAGCAGCUCUUAAGAGUGCAAUUGCUAAUGGUGUUUCAUCGCCAGCUGUGAUUGCUCUCAUCAGACUCUUUGAGAUUCCGUCUCCUCCUGGAGUUCUUGCUCCUCCACCACCUCCCCCAGAGACAUGGGCGCACAACCAGCGCACCUUUGAGCUACUGUGUGGUCCUGGACCUGUCAACUUUGAGCGAUGGGCACAAAAGAAAGGCCUAAAAAUUGAACCACCAGUCAAGAAAGCUCCAGUAAAAAUACCAGACAUUGUCAGCGCACCAACAGUACCUGGGUCAACAGAAAUCAAUAAUAAAGUUGUGCCCACAGGAAGUCCUUCAACAAACAGGGCAAAGGAAAACAGUUUAUCACCAAGCAAGAAAGGACUAACUCAAAGUCACGUAGCCACUGCUUCAGACAUGCCAACUACAAAGAAGCCUGUUGAUGCUCAUCCUCCUCAUGGUAAGGAUCUAUCUGUAUCCAGGCUUACCAAGAUCUAUCCGUCCUCUUCUCCUUCUCCUCCCCCUGAUCAUCUACCUCCCCUGCCCCCUGUUAACACAGUCCAGCCCGCAACAGAGGAUGUCUCUGCCUCAAAAGUUCAGUCUAAAACAACUUUUGAUGAGAUCAUAUGUCCCCCUCCACAUCCAUUGUUCCCGCCACCCCCACCUCCAAUAAAUGUUGCCCCUCUACGUCCUUCUGUCGGGCAGGAAGAAAUGGACUUCCCUCCUCCUCCUCCGCCAUUUUCUCCAAAGACUUUACAAAAUAUGCCUUCAUUAUCUCAAAACACCCAGCCUCCUCCAACAGAGGGAGCUGAACCUUCAUCAACACAGAAAAUCCCACCUCUUCCUCCUCCAGCUCCUCCUCAGGCUUCAUUUCAGGCUCCCCCACCUCCUUCUCAGGCUCCCCCACCUCCUCCUCAGGCUCCUCCAGCUCCUCCUCAGGCUUCAUUUCAGGCUCCCCCACCUCCUUCUCAGGCUCCUCCACCUCCUCCUCAGGCUCCCCCACCUCCUCCACAGGCAACCCCACUUCCUCCUAAGGCUCCUCCCCAGGCUCCUACUUAUACUUUACAGGCUCCCCCACCUCCUCCUCAGGCUCUCCCACCUCCUCCACAGGCAACCCCACCUCCCCCUACGGCUCCUCCCCAGGCUCCCCCACCUCCUCCUCAGGCUCCCCCACCUCCUCCACAGGCAACCCCACCUCCCCCUAAGGCUCCUCCCCAGGCUCCCACUCCUCCACAGGCUCCCCCACCUCCUCCACAGGCAACCCCACCUCCCCCUAAGGCUCCUCCUCAGGCACCCACUCCUCCACCACAGCCUACCCCAUCUCCUCCACAGGCUCCCCCACCUCAUCCGCAGCUUACCCCACCUCCUCCUAAGGCUCCUCCCCAGGCUCCCACUCCUCCACAGGCUCCCCCACCUCCUCCACAGGCAACCGCACCUCCCCCUAAGGCUCCUCCCCAGGCUCCCACUCCUCCUCCACAGGCUACCCCACCUCCUUCCAACGCUCCUCCACAGACUGCCCCACCUCCUCCCAAGGCUCCUCCACAGGCUCCCAUACCUGCUCUACAGGAAGUAUCUUCCACACAUGCUCAGAAACCUCUGCCACAGCAGGUUAAUGUUCCUCCUCCACCUCCAUUACCCACAGAUCUCAAAAAAGAGGUCAAAGCAUUUACAACUGGCAAACAGGAGAAACUGCAUCCUCCCAAGACCACCAACUCUGUUGUUACCAAGGAAGAAACCACUACCCCUAUGGUCACACAGUCUUUGUUGCAGAUGGUCAGACUCAGGUCAACCAAGUCCAACUUGAGCCAGACUGAAACUCCACCUGGACUAAACAAACCUAAACAACAGAACGCAGCAGUCAAUAAUGAGCCACCUCAAAAGCCAAUCAGAAGAUCUCUCAUUAUGACCGCUCCCCCUCCUGAGCUUGCUUCUCUCUCUAAUGAGAAUCCAAAAGAUUCCACACAACCCUCUAACAUUAUACCAGAAAAUCAAGGGACUUCUCCAGCCAAACCCAAAGCUGAACCAAAGAUUGAGUCCAAAAACACUGUCCAAGAUGCGGCACCUGUACCACUUGAACCAGCAGAUACUGUCAAACCUAAUGUGGAGACCAGCCCAACUGACCAAAAAGCUGCUGAAGCAAUCACCCAAGAACCCUCCACCAAAGAAGAACCUGGAUCAAAGCCUGUACAUGAAAUCCAAACUACAGCCUCUGAACCAUCAACUGAGCUAACCACUGCUAAAUCAAAGGAACUGCCAGUCACAAAUGGCGUAAAAAUAAGUGUUGAUCAGAAUGAAACCCCAAAAGAACCCAGCAAAACAGAAGAUAAACCAAGCAGCACAUUGACAAAGUUAGAGAUCACUAAAACGGCAACACCAGUGGUCUCUCCCAAAGUUUCUCCUACUCGAAAGCAGCCCCCAGCUAGCCUUCCAGCUUCUUCCAUGCGCCUCCAGGAGGCCAUUCGUCUGAAGACUGCUGCCAUGUCUUCCAAAGACAGCCAAGCUAAGCGCUUCAGCCUACAUUCCCCUCCACCAUCAGCAGGGUACAGCAGUGCCCUCCCCUCACCUUCAUCUACCGCUAACUUCAUCUUCUCCAAGAGCACAAAGAAGGUCGUCCUCGAAACACCCUCUUCUCCAGAGGCUCAAGCUGGUUUAAGGAAGACUCUGGUAUCUGAGUUGGCGUCCGUUUCUCAAACAAAUAAAUCAAGUGACUCUCAGAACAGAACUGCCAAAGUUCCCCCACCUACUGCUAAGAAACCUAGUAUGAGGGGUGAGAACACUGCCCAUAACCCCACACAGACUGAUGCUAAUGCUGAAACUGAGAGCGUGCAAACUGCUGGUCAGAAAGCACUGCCAGAGAAUUAAGGAUGUUACGUAGAGGAUGAACAAUGCAGCCACUGGCACACUGCAUCUACAAACUUCAAUACAGUCCCCCAAGAACUGAGCAGUUGGAGCCCCGACAUGGAGCUGUACUUAACUGGGCAAAAAGAGGGGUGACAAAACAAAGCUUUCAGAGAAGAGACAGCUGUGGAAGUUGAACGUGAAAGAAAGAAAGAAAGAGAAAGAAAGAAAGAAAGAAAGAAAGAAAGAAAGAAAGAAAGAAAGAAAGAAAGAAAGAGAAAGAAAAUCAGACUGAAAGACAAAAGGACUCAUAGGAAUGGUGAACACUAAAUGAGAGCGGGAUAAAGUGAUAGAUGGAGAAAGGAAAGUGCAUUUUGAUGGAAUGACAAGUUGAAUAAUGUGCAGAGGACUGCAGAGGAUAAUGUAAUCUGAGGAUAACGGAGUUUUUGAGUUUUUGCAGAAAGGUGUUUCUGACCUAUUAAGAGGAUUUUCUUUGUUUAUGUAAAUAAUCUUAAAUUGCUUGUACAGCUCUAAAACUACUGCCCAGAACAAAUGUUUAAAUAGGUCUAUUGAAUAGACCUUCCUUUAUAUGCAUUUAUGUUUGAUUUUAAUAUAUGACAUUUCUUUGUGCACUAUCAUCCUGCAAUUGGGGUAUCUUUGAUUUAAAGCAAAUUUCUCAUAUCUGAUUUUUUUUUAUUAUUAUUAUGUUUGUAUUAACUUAUUGUUUCAAAAGAUAUGGAGGCCUGUUCCCCAGGUAGAUGAAAAAAAGAAGUGCUUAUUUUUCCCCCUUCUCUGUUUCUAGCAACAGUAUUCAAUAUAAAUCAUUUUGGAAAAAUUGAAUUAUUCCCUGCUAAACAAAUCCAUGGCAUAAGCAGGCUAAUUAAGCAGUUUAGCUCUUGCUUGGACUUGAUAUGUAUAAAAUGUCAGCAUACCAGCUCAGUCAAAUUAAUAGGAAAUUUUUUUGAAAACUCACACACAUACAUACAUGCAGUAACACUCAAAGGUUUGGACAUACCUUAAAUUUAAGGUAUUUAAAAUGUUUUGCAUUAUAGAGUAACAUUAAAGUCAUCCAUACUAUAAAGAAAAACGUGGAAUUGUUUAGUAAAAAAUAUUAAACAAACCAGAAUAUGUUUUAUUUUUUACAUUCUUCAAAGUAGGCAUGUCUUACUAAUACCUUGACAUUUUUUUCAGUUAGCUUCAUGAGGUAGUCACCUGAAAUGACUUUCAGUUAACAGCUGUGCUGAACUUUUGUGCAACUUAAUGUGUUUUAGAGCAUCAGUUGUAAAGUUGUGAAGAGGUAGAGUUGGUAUAGAGUGAAUAGCUCUAUUUGAGUAAUGUUUUAAUCCAUAUUAUAGCGAGAACUACUCAAAUAAGCAAAGAAAAGGACAUAUGUAGGCCAAAUAUUAUGAUGAAACUGGCUCUAAUCAGGACUGCCCCAGGAAAUAAAGAACAAGAGUAAGUUCUGUUACACUGAAUAGAAUCAGAGUUAUCAGCCUCAGAAACCACAAGUUAACAGCACCCCAGAUAAGAGCACCGAAAUGCUUCAGUACUUUGGUUUGAUUCUUUAUAGUCUGGAUGACUUCAUUUACUAUACUAUACUAUACUAUACUAUACUAUACUAUACUAUACUAUACUAUAAUAUAAUAUAAUAUAAUAUAAUAUAAUAUAAUAUAAUAUAAUAUCAACAAUAUAUCAUCCAUUAAAAAACUCUUAAAUGUCAGGCCUGCCCAUCAUGCUGGUUGACCACCUAAACCACCAAACUUAAAAAAAACAGUAAGAAAAGCUAUUCAAGUAUUUAUUAGUUUGUCCUUGUAAAAAAAUGUCACAGUUAUGAUUCAGAUUGAAAAUAUUUGUUCAGUCAGUCAGCUGUUUACCUUAUUUGUCGUUUAUUUGAUACUAAUCCAGAGCUGCUGUGAACAGACCAGCUAAACCAUCAAACUUAAACAAAUAAAAACUACAUUAAAAUAUGCUGGUCAACAGCGAAGCAAUUUUUUUCAAUAGGGUUUGAGAUAUUUGUUCAAAGAAUUAUUAAUAUGAUUAUUUAUCAAAUUUAAGUUAAAAAAAAUUAAAUGCUGUAUAAAAUUGCAUAUUAAUUAAAACAUUGGCACAGUUUUCUCCUGUAUCCAUCAGGAACGGGUUUCCAUACGAAAAGAGAACUCUAAUGUCAGUGAUGUUAAAGCUGUUUUUGUUCUGUAAAGUCUUUAUCCAAAGUAUUUUGGGAAAUUUGCUUUCUUGCUCUUGUUGAUUUUUUUUUUUAUAUAUCAUACAGUACAGGUUCAGUAAUACGUUUGUAUUUCUGUGUUUGAGAGAUUUGUGCUUAGCUGUACAGUGUGUUGGUUAAACCAAAAUAAUCAGUUUAAUUGUACAGAUGAUAAAUCCUGUCUUAAUGAGGUGAAUAAGCUCAGAAUCAGAGAAGAACUUUAACCUGUUGAGUUUUUUCUUUGUUAAUUAAAAUGUCUGUCCUGUUUAAUUUGCACCUUACAAUCACCACUCCAUCAUAACAUGCACACUGGAUUAUAACCUCUGCUUCAAACUACUGUAUUAAACCACAUUCCUGACUGUUAUUCAACAUUAAACAUGUACAUACAGACCACA